AUGCCCACCAAGGUUUUCAUCACCGGCGUGACCGGCUACAUCGGCGGAGACGCCUUCUAUUAUCUGUCGCAACACCACCCCAACUUCGAAUAUUCUGCGCUAAUUCGCUCGGAGGAAAAAGCGAAACGUGUCCGCGAGGCAUAUCCUAAUGUCCGUACUGUUAUUGGUAGUCUAGACGAUUCGGAGGUUCUUGCGAAACAAGCCGCUUGGGCAGAUAUUGUACUUCAUACUGCCGACGCCUCCGACCAUGGCCAUUCCGCCGAAAGACCGGGCUACUGGCUCCACACCGGCGGCACCGGUAUCUUGACAUACUUCGACUCCGAAGUGAAGAAAGUCCACGGCGAGCACGACGAGAAAGAAUUCAAUGACGACAAGGGGGUAGACGAACUGGUCAACCUACCCGCAGCUGCCUUCCACCGCAACAUCGAUGAAAUUGUUCUUAAGACAGGGACUGAGAAUGCCGACAAAGUGAAAACAGUCAUUGUUUGUCCACCCACGAUCUACGGAAAAGGAAGAGGACCUGUUUCAUCUCGCGGUAGACAGGCCUAUGAGCUUGCCAGCUUCAUCUUGAAGCAGCACUACACUCCUCAAAUCGGCAAGGGCCUAGCACGUUGGAAUAAUGUGCACGUUUAUGAUCUGAGCACCUUGUUUGGGGCUCUUGUUGAUGCGGCACUUGAGCCUAGCAAGAAGGAUGACAAGGAGAUCUGGGGAGAGAAAGGAUACUUCCUCUGUGAGAACGGGGAGCAUGUCUGGGGCGAUUUGGCGAAGUUGAUUGGGGAGAAGGCACAUGCUCUGGGUUUCUUGAAGGAAAAGCCAGAAGUUAAGGAAUUAUCACUGGACGAGGCGAUCAAAUCACCGGCAGGAUUCGAGGCCGCGAGUUGGGGCUGGAAUUCCCGCGGCAAGGCGCUGAGAGGACGGAGGGUUCUGGGGUGGAUGCCACGCGAGAAGAGCCUGGAGGAAGAAGUGCCAGAAAUCCUGAAAGCGGAGGCUGCGAGGGUGGCUAUCUCGGAUAAACACCGUUAA